CAUUGGCUUCUGGGAAGUGUAGUUUUGAUGUACCGGCGCGUUCUGCGGGCGAUAGAAACUACAGUCCCCAGGAGCCCCUGCGACGUUGCCCGUGGCGGCCUUCGAGCCAACGGUUAGCGCGGACGGAGCUUGGCCCUGAGGAUACAAUGCCCCUUUGCAAAACACAGCAGUUUGGACUCCAGGAACUUACAAAAGAAAUACACAUAAUUGCCUUCCCUGAGUUUCUAUUGAUAUAGGAACAUAAGACCCUUAAAAAUGAGAUGAAACAGCAACUUAGAUAGAUGCAGUCUCCCAUGGGGAGCAGCCAGUAUCUGAGCAGCAAAAACCUGGAGGGAUGGAGACCUGAUAAUGGAUUCUGAAUUAAUGCAUAGUAUAGUCGGAAGCUAUCUUAAACCUCCAGAAAGAGUGUUUUUUCCAUCAUUUACCCAGAAUAAUGAAUCCUCUCAGACUCCCCACUAUGCAAACUUCGAAGGUACCUCUCCUAAAAUGCUUCAUAGUCCAAAUAGCCAAGCUCUUAUGUUAGCCUUAAAAACUCUUCAGGAAAAGAUUCAUCGUUUAGAAUUGGAGAGAACACAAGCUGAAGAUAACCUAAACAUUCUCUCCAGAGAAGCAGCAGAAUAUAAAAAGGCCUUGGAGAAAGAAACAAAUGAGAGAAAUUUGGCACACCAGGAACUGAUAAAGCAGAAAAAGGAUAUUACUAUACAGUUAAGCUCAGCCCAGUCUCGCUGUACUCUUCUAGAGAAGCAACUAGAAUAUACAAAGAGAAUGGUUCUCAAUGUAGAGCGAGAGAAGAAUAUGAUCCUAGAACAACAGGCCCAGCUUCAAAGGGAAAAAGAACAAGAUCAUAUGAAGCUGCAAGCAAAACUUGAAAAGCUUGAUGUCUUAGAAAAAGAAUGUUUUAAACUUACAACAACUCAGAAAACUGCUGAGGACAAGAUUAAACAUUUAGAGGAAAAACUUAAGGAAGAAGAACAUCAGCGUAAGCUAUUUCAAGACAAAGCAUCUGAACUUCAAACUGGACUUGAAAUCAAUAGAAUUUUAAUGUCUUCAGUAGCAAAUCCAAAAAGCUCCAAGGAGAAGAAGAAAUCUUUGAAGAAAACUAGAUGUUUAAAGGAACGACUACCUCAGCAAAUUUAUUCAAAGUCUGGAUCACUGCCAAUUGUGGCUAAAAAGUCUUCCAGUGCCAGCCAUUCUGUGAAUACAAGUGUGCAAAGCCUCCUGCAGGUAACACAACAUUAUGGGCCACAUACCCAUCAGAAACUUACUGAGCCUCGAUGUCUCUACAAGCCUACUAGAACAACUUCCCAGGGUAAAGCUGAACCUUCUGACUCAAAACAUUCCAUUUCUAUUGGUGACAAUUUGUCUGAACUUUUGAUGGCAAUGCAGGAUGAGCUGGACCAAAUGAAUAUGAAGCACGAAGAACUACUGAAUCAAAUGAAGGAAACUGAAAGUCGUUCAGUCUGUGAAGACCUAGAAUGUGAACUAGAACAUUUAGUCAAGAAAAUGGAAAUUAAAGGAGAACAGAUUUCCAAACUGAUAAAGCAUCAAGAAAAUGUCCGUAAACUGCAGCAAAAAGUUCAACAGUCAAAGAUGAGUGAAGCUUCAGGUAUUCAGCGAGAAGAUAACAACCUUAAAGGAUCAAAGAACAUAAAAAAUAGUUCCAGGAAAUGUUUGCUAACUAACUCUCUUCAGAAGAACAGCAACUUUCAUCCAGUACAAGUCCAUAAUCUUCAAAUGAAAUUGAGAAGAGAUGAUAUCAUGUGGGAACAGUAACACAAUAGUAAAACUGUCACCUUAAACGAACUCUGUCAGUGAGAUCUUGAAUUGUCUAAAGUGGUUUUAAUUUAAUAUACCUUUAUGAAAUUUUGAAUUAUGCUUCUAGUCCCUAUAAAGUGUCAAGUUGUAGUAUUUUUAAAUUAAUGCCAAGACCUCCUAAGAGUCACAAAUAAUAAAUGACUACUUUUCUGUUUCUCUUACUGACUGAAAUACCUAAUCUGUUCAUGUUUUAGACACAUUGUUCACUUUGCAGACCUCUUAAGCUAAGUCUAAGAAAUGAUACUGGAUUGGUGAUAUUUAAAAUUAAGUUAAAUCUGAGAUACAAGUACCAUUCCACAUUUUCAUUUAGUAGGCUUGUAACCUUAAAACCAAUGUAAAAUGAACACAGUGAUAUAAGGUCUUUUACCUUUCAUGGUGCUUCCUCCCUACCUUAUUUUAAAGCUAUAAAAUGUUUUUCUUUUUUGGAAAUGGAAGAGUUCUCUAAAGAGGCCUUUAGCCCAAGUUUUUAUGUGACAAUCACAAAUAGGAACUUGUAAUUUCUUAAUUUUUAGAUGACAGUAACUCAAGUGCAAAAACCUUUUUCUGCAAUUCCUGUUUUCUUUUACAAAUCCAGGGCUGCUUUUUAAUACCAGUGAUUUAUCUUAUUCCUUUGUAACUAAAACUUUUGGUGACUUUUAGGCUUCGCAUUAUAUAUGAUCAUCAGUAUAAAUGGAGAAUGUAAAUUUCCAGUACCCACUUAGGAAAAAGAACUUGGACACUUAAUUACCUAUCCGUAAAAAUUCAGAGAUAUGAUACAUUUUUACUUUUUUAUAUUUUUAAAUCCGUGGUAUCAAUCGAUUUCUUUGGAUAUGUAUGUUUAUAGUAAAUUUACACUUGUUGACCUAUCUUUUAAGACACUUAUGGAAACUAGUAUGACUCCUUUGAACUUUUUUGGUCUUUCACUGAAAUUCUUUGAGGCAACCAAAGAAUUGAAAUCAUCAGCUGAAGUAGAAAUAGAAGACUGACCAAAAAGGCACAAUAGAAGGGAGGAACUCAGAAGCUAGGGUAGCAGUUUAAAGAAGUAGUGAUUCCAAAGGGACAGAAUUGGAGAUACAUUUAUCUCCAGCUGAGGGGAAUGCUCAAGCUAUAGGUAUGAAAGAAUUUUCAGGGGAAGAUCUGGGGGAGCUAGGAAAGACAUAGGAAAUUCCCUAACAGUAUGUAGGAGAAAGGAGGUAAUUGUGGAACUUCCAGGGAGGGAAAAGGAAAACUGUGAUUCAUUCUCAUUGAGAGAAGAGGUAUUAUGUUAGAAGACCUUUCCAAACCUAAAGUGGGAAAAUAACUGAAAAUGGGCAGAUGGAUACUUGGAAUUUUCCUUGAAAGUAACUUAUAGAGCUGAAAGAUUCUCUGUGGUUUAAAUACUGCAUGUGUCCUUCACCCACCCUUAUUCCCUCUCCCUCUGCAGCUUCUUCAGCCCCAGAGAUGUUCCACAGAGCACUUCAUCUAAAUUCAUUUUCAUCACCUUACCUGCUUUUCAACUUUGCCUUUCCUCCUCAAGAAUGUGAGUGCUGUAGUUUAACUUAGCAAAAACCUCACCAGGACCAUAAUGCAGCCCCAUAUCCUUCUGUGCCUUUGUUUUCUAUGCACUUAAGAAAGUGGCUAUCUAUAGUAAAGUCAUUACCUACAAAAAUGUAUUGCUAAACAAAACCAAAGUCACUUUAGGAACACUUGAAUAUUUCGGUUAAGAAUUGAGAAUUUUCUUGGAAAAAUCUGUGUAGUGUAGGAGAAAAACCAUAAGACCUCAGAAUUAAGAGACUUGGGUUUAAAUUGUGACUCUACCUUUUAGUAGCUGAGAUAAUCAAAUAACUUCAGAGCCUCCAUUUCUUAUUUGUACAGUAGGGAUUAUGUUGUUACCUAACUCACAGGGUUGUUGUGAGGAGUAAAUGAAAUAACAUGUCAAAGCACACAGUAGAAGGGUUGGUUGGCACUGAGUAAAAAUUCCAUAAAUGUUAACUUUUGACUGCUCUCCUCUACCAAAAGUUGUCAGAGAACCUGAGUUGGCAUGGGUUAAAUCCUGAAAACAAGAACCAAAAUGUAUUGGUGUAAUAAAUGUAUUACUUGGGUUUGGUGGGGUUUUUGUUUUUAUUUUUGUUUUGUUUUGCUUUGCUUUGCUUUUGCUUUUGCCUAUGUGUCUGGGAGGAAAUGGUUUUGGCUUAUUCCCUAGCUCAGAUUUCUAGUUAGAGGGGUUAAAGAAUAUGGUCUUAACCAUGGUGCCAAAUUAUGUAAUCAUACACAGCAACUUGGAUUGGAAGGGUAACACUGGUUGUUGGGUAAUAUUUAGUAUGGAGAGACACUAAAGAAUUGUCUCUUGUUGCUCCAUCACAGCUACUGAACUAAAAAUGUGUCCUGCUUGCAGACUGCUGCUUGCCAGAGCCUUUGACUCCUCAGGGGGUGGAGCAAAUGAUUUCCUUCCUGGACAGGGGCAAUCUGUGGUCAGUGUACAAGAGUUGCUGUAGCAACCCCACAACUGUGCCCUGCCUAGCAGAAACUCGGUAGGAUAUCAUUGAUUUUGUUCACUUAAGUGAAAAUCAGGUUGGUUGGUUUUUUAUUUAGUCUGAAAUUGAAUAAAUGAAAUUGGAACUUUCUAGUCAAGACAGGUCUCAACUUUGAUGAAACCGUGAAACUAGAAAGUUUGAGUGCUUAAAACAGCAGGUAUUGUAAAUAUUCUAAUUCUGGAAAUAGUAGUUGGAAUCUUGAACUACCUGUACCUGUAUGGGUCAUUAGCAACCUAGCCAUUUUUAUUAGGUUGUAGCUGAAGAUAGAAGGGUUGAAGGGAAAUGUUCAGUUUUCAGCAGUAUGAGAUGAAAGGAGAUACUUAAAAUAGUGAGCUAAUGAAUGGUGAUGGUGUACUUAAAAGUUGUUUUUGAGAUUUUUAGAUAGAAUUUUUACUUAAAAAAUCCAAUGUUAAUUCUAAAGGAGUAGUCUUAAUCUGUGAUAAGACAUCAAAAAAUUAAAUUAAAAUUUUAUCUGCAAUGUUGUGAGAAUCAAACUAAAGUAAUGAACGUAAUAAAAGUCUGGUUAUGCACAAUGGAAGGAGUGCUCACUAUGGCCAAAAAUGUACCAGAUGCCAUUAUUGGUAUAGAGUAAAUAGUGGAACUCCUAAUGGGGUUUCCUGGAACUCUAUUCAGCUGUAGCUAAAGCUGUACAUACUGAGAACAUUUAAUUGUAUGUGAAGUUUAGAUAAGUGCAAGCUGACUCCCAGAUGUAUAACAAGACAACUCUCUCUGUGGCAUAAUGACAUCCGUGAAGGAAAACAAAAAAACAAAAAAACCUCAUGAUAGGUGCCAUGGCAAUUAAAAUGAAGUAAGGGUAAAUAAAAAUAAUACUAACUGUAAUCAGUGUAAAACUAAGUUUAUUUCUUGGUAAUUAAAUGGAUCUUACCAACACUUCAACCUUUUUCUUCAUAAACUAUAUACUUAUUUUCAUGUAACUUUCCUCCUUUAAUUCCUUUUUAUAUUUUGUUAUAUAAGGUGAAUUAGUCAUAACAAAAUUGUAGAGUUUGAAGUUUUAAAAUACUGUCUAGGGCGGAUCUUGUUUUUAGUGUAGUUGUGAAUCAUUUAAAGAAUAAGGUCGAUUUUUUUUUUUCCUGGUGGGAUUUUUGGGAGCACUCUCCUUAUUGGUAUAGAGUCACUGAAUUCUCUUUUGCUGUAAGAUCCUAUUAGAUACCAUAGGUAAUUAUUAGAAUUAUAAAUUAGCACAUAAUCCCAACCCAAAGAAAUGUAUUUUUUAUUAUAUAUGCAUGGUCUAUUGUAUAUCUCUGUGCUUUAACAGUUUCAGCAGAAAAUAAUACAGAAGCAAAUUGAUCUCUAGUUACUUUAUGUUCCAAGGCAGUUUUAUGACAAUAUAAGACUUGUUAAUGACUGGUUCAGCAGUUUACAAUGUUGAAAGACUGGAUCCAAUGUGGUUGGGGAAGGGAUGUUGGGAAUUAUAAAUUAUCUGUCAAAAAAAAUGAUAAAUUCUGUGAAAUAAUCAGCUUUCUAGAAUAAUCUUUAAAAAUAAGGGUAACAUUAUCUAUUGUACUCUCUGCCUAGAUUUUCCUCCAUAGAUAUUGCUUGUCUAGUUUUCCCUCAUUCUUCAGGUCUCAAUUUACUGCUUCCUCCAGAAAGCCCUCUUUAAGUCUCCCCUUCAUACCCCUCUCCUUAAAUCUGGCUUCACUACCUCUUGUAGGCGUUUAUCCUACUUUUGAACUUAGUACACUUUCUUGUUAUCAUUUGUCUUUCCCAUAGACUGAAAGCUCCCUAAGGGCAAGAUCCUUUCUUGCUCACCACUGUAGCCCAGCACCUAACACAGUACCUAAGCCCUCUCAAUAAAUAUUUGAUAAUUACAUGUCA